UUGACCUAUCCUCUACCUCUUACACUUCCUCCCCAUCCAUUUUCUCGGCCGGAAAGUCUUCUUGAUUCUCUUCGAGGGUUUGCUACAGAGAGUGUAAGAAACCAUGCCGGCGAAGCAGAGGACACCGAAGGUCAACAGGAACCCUGAUCUGAUCAGGGGAGUUGGUAAAUACUCAAGGUCUCAGAUGUACCACAAGAGAGGUCUGUGGGCAAUCAAGGCCAAAAAUGGAGGCGUUUUCCCUCGCCACGACGCUAAGUCUAAGGUUGGUGCUCCAGCGGAGAAGCCACCAAAGUUCUAUCCAGCUGAAGACGUUAAGAAGCCUCUCGCCAACAGGCGCACGCCAAAACCAACCAAGCUCAGGUCCAGCAUCACCCCAGGAACUGUGUUGAUUAUUCUUGCUGGUAGGUUCAAGGGAAAGAGAGUUGUUUUUCUAAAGCAGCUUGCCUCUGGAUUGCUCCUUGUCUCUGGACCAUUCAAGGUCAAUGGUGUUCCUUUGAGACGUGUGAAUCAAGCCUAUGUGAUUGGCACUUCAACGAAGGUGGACAUUUCUGGAGUCACCGUCGACAAAUUUGAUGAUAAGUACUUUGGCAAGGUUGCUGAGAAGAAAAAGACGAAGACAGAAGGAGAGUUCUUCGAGGCUGAUAAAGAGGAGAAGAAGGAGAUUCCACAAGGGAAGAAAGAUGACCAGAAAGCCGUGGAUGCAGCUUUGAUCAAAGCCAUUGAGGCAGUUCCUGAGUUGAAGGCUUACCUUGGAGCAAGGUUUUCGUUGAAACAAGGAAUGAAGCCCCAUGAGCUUGUUUUCUAGAUUUCAUAACCUUUUCUUAAGGUUUCUAUUAGAGUAUCUGUCUCCUCAAGUUUUACACUCCAAAUGGUUGGUUCUGUUCUUGUCCACUGACCAGAGACAUCAAAUUUUGGCUGCUGCUUUGUGGAUUUCUGUUCUACAUAUGGAUAAUUUAUCAAUCUUGUUUUUGACCGUGUGAGAUCUUAAGCAAUGGAAUUCAAUUCAAAUGA